AUGGAGUCAAUCGAAAUAUCUGGCCCUGGAGGCCCUCUCGAACUGCUCUGCAGCCUCCCCCGCGCUCGUAGCGUGUCCAAUUCACCAUCAACAGCAGCCUCCCUCUCCAACACUAUUGACGCCACUACUAUCACCACCACCACAAACCACAACGACCCGCGCAAUCGCGGCGCCCGCCGCCAUGCCAAGCCGCCCGUCCUCUUCGUCCACGGCGCCAUGUGCUCCGCCCACGACUUCGCCCUGCUGCUCCCCUACCUCGCCGCCCAGGGCUAUCCGGCCUACGGGCUGAGCGUGCGCGGCCACGGCAACUCGUACGCCCAGUCCUUUCUCGGCAAGAUGCUCUUCACCCGGGGCCGGGACUGGGCGCGGGACAUCUCGGCCGCGCUUGCCUACGUGGCCGGGCGGCAUCCGGACCGCCCCGCGCCGGUGCUGGGCGGGCAUUCCCUGGGCGGCGGGUUCGCGCAGUAUCUCGUCGGGUCCAAGGGUUUUCGGGCUCCAGCCGGUGGUGGUGUUGCGCCUGAUGAUCAAAGCAGCGGUGGCGGUGGCGGCGGCGGCGGCGGCGGCGGAGGCGGGAAGAGUUCGAGAAAAGGAGUUGAAAAGGAUGUAUACAAGGAGGCGAACCCAGCCCCCAGGAGAAGUGCACCACGCGCAAAAGGCACAUCCGCGCCGCCACCGCCGCUCGCGGGCGCAGGGCAGAGCAGACGCAGCCACGCCAUAUCCGGCCUCAUCCUGCUCGCCGCCGCCCCGCUCUUCGGCGCCGGUAGGACCAUCAACGCCAACUGGCAGGCCGCCGAGAUGAUCGUGGGGCUCGAGGACAAGAACCUGGCGGCGAGAAAGGGCCCGCCGGUACUACUGCGGACGCCCGCGCACGUGCGCGCCGCGUUCUUCAGCCGGGAGACGGAGGACGACGUGGUGGAGCGGUGGAUCCGCGAGUGCAAGACCCCGAUCGAGGGCGCCGUGGCUGGGCUGCGGUGUUUUCGGAAGAUGGGCGAGUAUGAGCGUGUGCUAAGGCAUGUUGAUGGGUUUGAAGCCGAUUUGGGUGGUGUAGAUGGUGGCGGCGGCGAAGGUGAGGCUGCGGGAGGGAAUGGAAUGAAGACGAAGAGACGGAAGAUCCUGUUCAUUGCUGGCGGUGAGGAUAGGCUCGUCACACCAGAUAUGGUCGAAAGGGAGUACAACAAGUACGCAGAGGUCGCGCGGGCCAUAGGGCUUGAGCACGCAGACACGCCAGGGGAAGCGUGCAUGCACCUCGUUGUAGAGGGAUGUGGACACCACCUCAUGAUGGAUGCGUACUGGGAGGAUUGUGCCCGAGGCAUCGUCCGGUGGCUCGAGGGUGAGGAUACUCUCUUGUCGUAAGAUUCGACUAGCGAGAAUGGAAAGUGAUUCGGUACAUUACUUUCAUGGCUCAGCAAUGCUCACUCACACACACGAGAUACCCCAAGACCAAUAAUUAACAAGAAGUAU